AUGUCGUUUUCGCCACUGGGCUUCUUAUCCCCACCACCAUUGGCGGCCCAAGCUCUGAGUGGCGGCUCAAAAUGCAGGCUGGCAACAUCUGGAGGCGGCCCAUCAUCUCCAUUCAAGGCAACAAGCCCGUUUUCACGCAGAGGACAAGGCCCAUCAUUGCAAAUGCUCCAAAGAGAGUCUACAAGCUGCCCUUCUUCUCGCUUUGCUACGGGCCGAUUUUGGGCCAGCUCAAGUAGGCCCUUCAGUGCAGCUUCGCGUACAUCAGCAUCUUCACUGGACGAGAGGUGCAUGAAAAUACGAAGCGGCAUAACCAUUGGCCAGGCGGAAUGCGAUAAUUCCAGGCUUAGUGACUUACAUGAAAUUGCACCAAGUGCUUUGGUACGGACUGUGACAUCGGGAUCUGAAGUAGUCAAGGAGAGGAACCAAGCCACCAAUAGAGUGAAGAUCUUGAGAUAA